CCACCAAAAGAAACUGCAACAAACUAACAAAGUAAACAAAUCAAACACAAAAAUCAAGUCCUUUGCUAAGGGAGGGACAGGAGAGUUUCAAAACAAACAAUUAUCCUGUAUCUUCCCUAAUUCAAAGGUUUUUGUUUCGUCAAGAUUGAAAUCCAGGAAUAUUUGGGGAACAACAGAACAAAUGGCAAUGAAAUAAGGACCUUUUAAUGGUUUCUUACCAAGGAAGAGGGGGAUAAGAUUUUUUGGUUUCUAGGUGUGUUUACUUUGGUUUGUGUUCAUUGAAAGAGCACAAGAAGAUUGCAAGAGUUUAAUUUGGAACCAAAAGGCAAAGGGAGGAAUGUGGUUGCCAAAGAAUCACUCAGACAAGAAGGAUGGUGUGAAUGGACAAGUAGCAGUGGCAAUAGACAGAGAUAAGGGGAGCCAAAAUGCACUCAAAUGGGCUGUUGAUAAUCUCCUCACAAGAAAUUCAAUUGUGAUUCUCAUCCAUGUCAAGACUCAAACACCUUCUCUUUCUCCAUCACCUUCUCUUUUCACCCCAUGGCCAGGGAACAAUUCAUAUAGUGGUGAGAAUUUAUCAGUAUAUAAAGAGCCUGAUGCUCAGAACAAAAGCAUUUUCCUUCCAUCCCGUGUCUUCUGCACACGGAAAGAUAUACAAUGCAAGGAUGUCCUAAUAGAAGAUGUAGAUGUAUCCAAAGCUAUAAUUGAAUAUGCUGCUCAUGCAGGAAUUGAGCAUCUGGUUCUUGGCUCUUCAACAAAAGCUGGUUUGCUUAAAAGAUUCAAGGUAUCAGAUAUUCCAGGAACAGUAACAAAAGGGGCACCAGAUUUUACUACAGUUUAUGUUAUUUCUAAAGGAAAGAUUCAAUCAAUUCGAUCUGCUUCUCGUCCUGCUCCAGCCAUUGUCCCUCUCCAGGGUAGUCAAGUUAGUAUCAGGCCAGACCCACCAUCAGAAUCAAAUGUGUCAUUGCCUCAAAGUGUAAAAGAACAAGAAAAGUAUUCCAUUGAUGCAACUCCACGCAGAUCGCAGGAUGGAUUAGAAACAUUCAGGUCACCACUCACUAGGAAAGGUUACAAAGGUAAACCAUAUGGGGAGACUUCCAAGGAUUCAGACAUAUCCUUUGUGAGCUCUGGAAGACCAAGUACAGACCAUUUGCUCUCUUCAUUAUCUAGCAACCCUGAUACAGGGAUGUCCCACUCCAGGCUCUCAAGUUUCUCAGACAUGGACGGCAACUACAGCUUUGAGUCCAUGUAUCAGGGAAGGAAGUCUACAGAAAUCAGCACUCCUCCUGAAUUUUCAUCACUCUCAUUUGAUAGUGACGGGCUUUCUACUUCUACAGCACAGGCUGUGGAUGAUAUGGAGGCUGAAAUGAGGAGAUUGAAGUUGGAGCUAAAGCAAACAAUGGAAAUGUAUAACACAGCCUGUAAAGAAGCACUCACAGCACAGCAAAAGGCAGUAGAACUUCAGCGCUGGAAAUUAGAAGAAGAGAGGAGAUUGGAAGAGGCAAGGAUUGCCGAGGAAGCUGCAUUGGCAAUUGCAGAGAAGGAGAAAGCCAAAUCUAGAGCAGCUAUGGAGGCUGCAGAAGCACAAAGGAGGAUUGCAGAACUGGAAGCAGAGAAGAGACUUAAUGCAGAAAUGAAAGCACUUAGAGAAUCAGAGGAGAAAAAAAAAGUACUCGAUGCUUUGGUAAAUGUAGAUGUCAGGUAUAGAAGGUAUCCAAUCGAGGAGAUUGAAGCUGCAACAGAAUUUUUUGCAGAGUCCCGGAAGAUUGGAGAAGGAGGAUAUGGUCCAGUUUUUAGUUGUCUUCUGGACCAUACACCUGUUGCAGUCAAGGUUCUUCGUCCUGAUGCAGCACAAGGAAGGUCACAGUUUCAACGAGAGGUCGAGGUACUUAGCUGCAUAAGACAUCCAAACAUGGUUCUCCUCCUAGGAGCAUGCCCAGAAUAUGGCUGCCUUGUGUACGAGUACAUGGCUAAUGGAAGCUUGGACGAUCGCCUCUUUCACCGAGGGAACACACCCCCACUUUCUUGGCAGCAAAGGUUCAAAAUUGCAGCUGAAAUUGGCACUGGCUUGCUCUUCCUUCACCAGACAAAACCAGAGCCUCUGGUGCACAGGGACUUGAAACCAGCCAACAUCUUGCUAGACAGAAACUUCGUGGCCAAGAUCAGUGAUGUGGGGUUGGCCAGGCUAGUCCCACCAUCCGUGGCCGACACCGUGACGCAAUAUCGCAUGACAUCCACGGCAGGAACAUUCUGCUACAUAGAUCCUGAGUACCAGCAAACAGGAAUGCUAGGGGUGAAAUCAGACAUAUAUUCUCUUGGGGUCAUUUUCCUUCAAAUUUUGACAGCGAGACCACCAAUGGGCUUGGCUCACAACACAGAAAGAUCCAUUGAGAAUGGAACCUUUGCUGAUUUGCUUGACCCUGCAGUGCCUGAUUGGCCAGUAGAGGAGGCAUUGAGCCUUGCAAAGAUUGCAGUCCAAUGUGCUGAGUUAAGGAGGAAAGACAGGCCUGAUCUUGGCAAAGUUAUUCUACCUGAACUCAACAGGCUAAGAGAACUUGCUGAGAAUAGAGAACAUUCAACGUUGGGUAACUCUAUCAAGAUCCAUGAGAGACAAGUUUCUUUGCAGCUGGAUGAAGGUUGUCCUUCACUUCCUCACUCUGGGGAGAUGAGAAGAAACACCACAAUUGGUUUGUGAUAAGUCAAAACAAGAUCCCAUUGAAGAAAAAUUAAAAUUUGUUCAAUAUUGUGAUCUCCAGUGUUAAGUGUAAAUUAUUUAGGUGGAUUCAUGGUAUAGCAAGCUUGAUUCUCCAAGUGGUUUUCUGCUCUU